AUGGGUCUAUGGCAUAGGGAUAACAUGGGUAAUGCUAAGUCUAUGGACAAUGUUAAGUCUAUGGACAAUGCUAAGUCUAUGGGGAGUGCUUACAAUGUUAAGUCUAUGGACAAUGCUAAGUCUAUGGACAAUGUUAAGUCUAUGGACAAUGCUAAGUCUAUGGGGAGUGCUAAUCCUAUGGACUCUUAUUAAAUGUGUAGAUAAUGCUAAUCUAUUCUUUGAGCAAUGCCCGAAUCGUGGUUAACGUAUAGCAUCGCUGUGUGAUCCUUUAUGAAAUGUCUCUAAGAUUAAAUGGAUAUGUCUUCAAAUGAUUAUUCAGU